AUAUUUAAUAAAUAGCUAAUAUCAGGUAGAAAUAAUAAUUUCUAAUUAUCAGUGUCAAAUGACUUUUAUAUGUAAAAAAUGAUAACUAAUUAAGUUUUAUAAAUAACUUAUCGUUUCCGAUAAAUAUAGUUUAACUUAAAGGAAAUAAAGCGUGUAGUAAAUGCAAAAAUUAAAAUAGCGCGGAAAAACAGUCAACCACCUUGAUAAACGGCCAACUUCACAGACUUUUCUAAUUAAAUUUGUUGAUCGGUUCACGGCAGAAUCAGCAAAUAAUAUUCGUUCAUGUAUUCCGCACCGUUUCGAUAAAGUAAGCCUGAUAGCAGAAAAAAAGGCGAUGCUGGUGUGUAGCAAACAGUGAAAGAAGAUUCCAAAGUGAGAACGGCGUAUAUUUGAGUAAGUCAAAGUGUUGAGCCACGUCGCCGCCGGUAGAGCCUGGUUGCUGACCUCGCCGUUGACCAGGCAAGAAGGCCAAAAUAUCAACAUGCUGUCAGCCGCGGCGAAUACUCUCUCCAAUAAUGGGAGUUCAUAUAGCAACGAUCGAGCCUCUGCAGCUGAACCUGAAUUGGCCACUGAUCUUGCCUCCGGGGGUUUUUUUCAUGCUGAUUAUAAGAAACAUGAUGACUUGAAACAGAUGCUUGAUAGUAACAAAGAUAACUUGAAGUUGGAGGCUAUGAAAAGGAUCAUUGGGAUGGUAGCAAAAGGAAGAGAUGCAUCAGAUCUUUUUCCAGCAGUAGUUAAGAAUGUUGUAUCAAAGAAUAUUGAGGUAAAGAAGUUGGUUUAUGUAUAUUUAGUUCGAUAUGCAGAAGACCAGCAGGAUCUAGCACUUUUAUCAAUAUCUACAUUCCAACGAGCAUUGAAAGAUCCAAAUCAAUUGAUUAGAGCAAGUGCCUUAAGAGUCCUUUCUAGUAUAAGGGUUUCCAUGAUAGUACCAAUAGUCAUGUUAGCUAUCAAAGACUCUGCCAGUGACAUGUCUCCCUAUGUCCGAAAGACUGCAGCUCAUGCUAUUCCUAAGUUGUAUUCUCUAGACCCAGAGCAGAAGGAAGAAUUGAUUACUGUUUUAGAUAAACUUUUAUCUGACAAGACUACUCUAGUUGUGGGAUCUGCUGUGAUGGCUUUUGAAGAAGUAUGUCCAGAUAGAAUUGAUCUCAUACACAAGAAUUACAGAAAACUUUGCAAUUUGUUAGUGGAUGUUGAUGAAUGGGGCCAAGUUAUUAUUGUGAAUAUGUUGACUAGAUAUGUUAGGAGUCAGUUUACCAAUCCUAAUUUAGAUGAUCUAGAAGAAGAUGAUAAUCAGAAGCCUUUUUAUGACUCUGACACAGGCUCAAAUGAUGCUAAAAAGCCAAAAACAUCAAUUGACUUGGACCACAGAUUACUUUUACGUAAUACAAAACCUUUACUGCAAAGUCGAAAUGCUGCAGUGGUAAUGGCAGUUGCACAAUUAUACCAUCACACAGCACCUAGAAGUGAAGUUAUGGUUGCUGCAAAGGCUUUAAUAAGAUUGUUGAGAGGUCAUAGAGAAGUUCAAAGUAUAGUAUUCAACUGUAUUGCAACUAUCUCUGUUACAAGAAAGGGAAUGUUUGAGCCAUUCUUAAAGUCAUUUUUCGUCAGAACGUCUGAUCCAACUCACAUAAAACUACUUAAAUUAGAUAUUCUAACUAAUCUGGCAACAGAAAGUAGCAUUAGUGUAAUUUUGAGAGAAUUUCAAACAUAUAUUUCAAGCAGUGAUAAGGAAUUUGUUGGUGCUAGUAUUCAAGCUAUUGGCAGGUGUGCAAGUAAUAUCAAAGAAGUCACAGAGACAUGUCUUAAUGGAUUAGUAUCUUUACUGAGCAACAGAGAUGAAGCUGUAGUGGCAGAAAGUGUAGUUGUCAUAAAAAAGUUAUUACAAACUCAACCAAAUGAGCACAAGGAUAUAAUAGCUCAUAUGGCCAAAUUAAUGGAUUUUAUAACAAUACCUCAAGCUAGAGCAUCUAUCCUAUGGCUGCUAGGAGAAUACUCAGAUCGCGUUCCUAAAAUUGCACCAGACGUCUUGAGAAAAAUGGCAAAAACCUUUAUAAACGAAGAGGACAUCGUGAAAUUACAAACGUUAAAUUUAGCCGUCAAAUUGUUUCUUAAUAAUUCCGAACAGACGCAAAAAAUCUGUCAAUAUGUCUUCCAGUUGGCAAAGUAUGAUCAGAACUACGACAUUAGAGAUCGAGCACGUUUCCUUCGUUACUUUAUUUUCGAAGACGAAGAUAACGGUAACAAGAAAUUACCUCAGCAUGCAAAACAGAUCUUCCUUGCGCAUAAACCAGCUCCAACUCUGACGUCUCAGUUCAAAGAUUCACAAUUUCAACUUGGCUCACUGUCACACUAUCUGAAUAUGCCUUGCACUGGCUAUCGUCCAUUACCAGACUUCCCAGAAGUGCCACCGGAUCCAAAGGUUCGUGAUGUUCCCGAUACUACUGUUUUGCUAGAAGACAAAAACGUUAAACAUUACAGUAAGAAAGAGAAAAAAGAGAAAAAAUCUAAGGAAAAAGAGGAAAGCUUUUACAAUGAUGAGAUUAAAAAUUCCUCUGAAGAAGAUGACGAAGAAGAGAGUAGUAGCGAUUCAGACAGCGAUUCAUCUAGCGAUGAUGACAGCAAUACAUCGAAUGAAGAAUCGUCUUCAGCUUCGGAAAAAUCCGAAAAAGAGGUAAAGAAAGGGAUGAAAAGCAAAAAUACAAAGAAAGGCGAUGACAACGAUGAAGUAGAUGAAAGUGAUUCUGAUGAAUCGAGUAGCGACGAGUCGUCUUCGGAUGAUUCCGGUUCGAAGAGUGAUACGGAAGAAAGUUCGCCUGAAAAAUCAACGCCUACCCCUGCAGUUAAAUCUAAGACUGACAAUAAAAUAGAGAAGCCAAAAGAGAAAAGUAAUCUUGAUUUACUUCUGGAUUUGGACGAUGUUGCACCCAUGACUCCAAUAAUGACGCCAAGCUUAGGUGGUUUUCUCACACCUAUGUUGCCAACGUCGACAAUUUCUUCGAAUGGUGUUAAAGAAGUGUCGCCUUCAUUUAUUUCACUUCGAAAGUACGAGCUAUUUAAUAAAGUCACCGGUCGUGGUUUGAAAGCCGAGUUUCGAUUUACUAGAUCGCAACAUAUAAUUAGCUCGGCUAUGGCUAAUAUCGAACUUACUUUUACAAAUGAAGGUAGUGAGGCGAUAACAGAAAUUCGAGUUGGCAAUAAAAAUUUAUCAACUGGAAUGGUUAUUCAUGACUUCUCGCCAAUCUCAGUACUUCAACCAUGCAUGUCUUUACCUUGUAGUUUAGGUAUCAAUUUUAAUGACUCCACUCAACCUGCCUCAUUUAACAUUGAUUACAAAAUUAAGCAUGAGCAAACGUCUCGUACUGUUGAAAUAAGAGCCCCAAUUGGCGAAAUUAUGAGAUCUGUACUUCUACCUGAAUCAAUGUUUUUGUCUCAAAAAAAUAAGCUAAAAGGUAUGAAUGAACAUAGUACUAUAGUUAAUUACUCUGGAAAUAGAAAAAGUUUAUCUCAGAAGAUUCUGGAAGCUGCUAAUUUAGCUGUUAUUUCAAGUGAUGAUGAUACCAUUAGGUUUGCCGCUAAUACUCUAUCUUCCAAGUCAUUAGUUCUAGUGACAAUUAAAACAAUGAACGAUAAAGAUUUAAAUAUUUGUAUAAAUUGUGAAAAAAUGGUGAUAGGUUCGAUGUUGCUAAAUGAACUAAAGAGUAAUUUAAAGUAAAUAUUAGUCCUGAAGAGUAUAAAGAAAAUGUUCUAUUUUUAAUGUUAACAUACUAAUCAGUGUUUAAGAAUUAUUUAAAUUGUAUAGAUAUUUUAAAGUUUUAUCAGUCGCGAUUGGUGCAAUGCUGUAACAUAAUACGUACUAUAUCAUCUUAGAUCAUAACUCAUUUUUUACUGUAAAAAAAUGAAUAUCCAUUGGAAAAAACA